GGCGGGGCUGCAGCGGCCGCGGGAUCUGCAGUUUGGACUCCGCGCGCCACAGUCGCCGCAGUUCCCUCCACUCUGGUGGCCCCGCCGCCCCGCGGGGAGCCGGGGGGUCCGCCGGCUCUCGGGCUUGGGCCGGCCGGCCUCGCUUCUGCCUCCCUGGGUGGGGCCUGGACGGUCGGGUCGCGCGGACAUGGAGCCCACGCCCGGGGACUCCGCGCCCGGGAACUCCGAGACCACUCGCUUGGUGAGCGCCCGGGAGCGCGGCGGCGCGGGCGGCGGCCUGCGUUUGAAGAGUCUCUUCACAGAGCCCUCCCAGCCCCAGCCUGAGGAGCCCAAGCCCGUGGAGAUGGCCUUCCAUCACUGCCACAGGGACCCCCUGCCGCAGCCCGGCCUCACCCCUGAGCGGCUGCAGGCUCGGAGGCAGCUGUAUGCCGCCUGCGCUGUGUGCUUCGUCUUCAUGGCUGGGGAGGUGGUCGGUGGGUACCUGGCACACAGCUUGGCCAUCAUGACUGAUGCAGCCCACUUGCUGGCAGAUGUGGGCAGCAUGAUGGGCAGCCUCUUCUCCCUUUGGCUCUCCACCCGGCCAGCAACCCGCACCAUGACCUUCGGCUGGCACCGCUCAGAGACUCUGGGGGCUUUGGCCUCUGUGGUCUCCCUCUGGAUGGUCACUGGUAUCCUCCUGUACCUGGCCGUCAUCCGCCUGCUGCACAGCGACUACCACAUCGAGGGGGGUGCCAUGCUGCUGACCGCCAGCAUCGCAGUCUGUGCCAACCUGCUAAUGGCCUUUGUGCUGCACCAGGCUGGUCCCCCCCACAGCCACGGGUCUAGGGGGGCAGAGUAUGCACCGCUGGAGGAAGGGCCUGGGGACCCCCUGCCCCUGGGGAACACCAGCGUCCGGGCAGCCUUUGUGCAUGUGCUGGGGGACCUCCUGCAGAGCCUUGGGGUACUGGCUGCAUCCAUCCUCAUCUACUUCAAGCCUCAGUAUAAAGUGGCUGACCCCAUCAGCACCUUCCUCUUCUCCAUCUGUGCCCUUGGAUCCACGGCCCCCACGCUCAGAGAUGUUCUUCGCAUCCUCAUGGAAGGCACUCCUCGAAGUGUGGGGUUUGAACCUGUGAGGGACACACUGCUGUCAGUGCCAGGAGUCCGGGCAACCCACGAGCUGCACCUGUGGGCUCUGACACUCACUUACCACGUUGCCUCUGCACACCUGGCCAUUGACUCCACGGCGGACCCCGAAGCUGUCCUGGCUGAAGCCUCAUCCCGUCUCUACUCCCGGUUUGGAUUCUCCAGCUGUACCCUGCAGGUCGAGCAGUACCAGCCUGAGAUGGCCCAGUGCCUGCGCUGCCGGGAGCCCCCGCAAGCCUGAGCCACGACCCUGCCCCCACCCCACUGCCAGGCCAGGCUCAGCCCCGAUCACAGGGACAAUCAUGGAGACGGGACAGAGCCGGGUCCACACCCCUUCCUUUCCCCGCCUUCCACCUGCCAAAUGCUCCAGCCCCAGCCCCAGCUCCGGCCCAGUGGGCAGAACCAAAGUCAGGGGAGAGUGAGGGGUCAGGCUGUGAGCAGUUCAGGGGUGGCGUGGUGUGUGGGAACCCUAGGGACUCCUCUACACAGUCUGGGGAGCUGCGCAUGUCUUUUCUGUGCCGUCCGUGUGUCUGUGUGUCUGACUGGCCAGCUGGGGGUGUCUGCCUGUCUGUGUGCUGUUGGUGUGCCUGUGCCUGGGGAGGUCAGCCGGGGCCCCCUCCCCAUGUGGCCCUAGCUCUGUCUAUGCAGGGGCCCCAAGCCUGCACUUUGUCCACGUGUCCUAGCCCUGUGGUCUUGUCUGUGUGUGUUUCUUGGUGCUGUGGCCUGUGUGUCUUUGUGCCUGUGCGGCUGUGCUGUGGUCUCUGUGAGUCUGCUCCAUCCACAUCCGUGGGAGGGUUUGUCUGUCCAUCUCUGUUGGUGCUGUGCCCUUGGCUAUCCCAGGGAGAGGGAGGACUCCUCUGCAGCUCCACCAAUAAACUUGUGUCCAACUGCA